AUGGCAUUGGCAAAAGUGGAUUUCAGUUUGAAGGCCAUUUCUCCCAUUACAGACAAUUUAGGAAUCACAUCUCAGACUGAUCUUGUUGAAAUCAAUCUCUUCUUAUUCGUAAAGAUAGUCAGAGCCCGAAAUUUGUUUGCACAUAAUGGCCAUAACAAUUUGGAUCCUUAUGUGGAGGUGACAGCUGGGAGGUUUCUAGGGAGAACCUUUUGCUUACAGGGAAACACAAAUCCAGAGUGGGACCAGGUCUUUGCACUUGAGAAUGAUCAAAUUGAAAAGGAAGGGAUAAAAACUGUUGAGAUUUUUGUGAAGGAUAAUGUUGCUAGGUAUGAUCCAUAUUUGGGUAUGAUUUCAUUGGAAAUUUUUCAUAUUCCUAAAAGAUUUCCAACUGAUAGUGCACUAGCACCAAAAUGGUUUGUACUAGAAGAUGAAUGUAAGAGACGAUAUAGGGGAGAGCUUAUGAUGUGUUGUUGGAUAGGAAAUCAAGCUGAUGAAGCAUUUCAUGAAGCUUCGCAUUUACAAUUAGGUCAUGUGCUAAUUAGUGCUCGUCAUACUCUUAAUACUUGCUCAAGGGUAUAUAUUAUGCCUAGGGUUUGGUGUCUUAGACUUAAUUUGCUUCAAGUUGAGGGACUUAUACUUGAAAUUGAUGACCCAUCUGAAAGCUCUGACAUUUUCAUCACUGCUACUUUUGGGAAUGGGACUAGGACACUCGCUAGCAAGUCGGUGAAAAGCAAUAAUGGAAAUCCAAUAUGGAAUGAAAAAGAUAUUUUGUUUGCUGUGGCAGAGCCCCUUGAUGAAAUAUUGUUUUUAACUGUGGAGCAAGGAACAUUGGCAAGGUGCAAGAGGUUAGGGACAUGUGUAUUUCCUGUGAAGAAGGCACAAACACCAUUACAAAAUCCGGAUCGUCUUGUAACCAUGGAUGUUAUACAGAAUGAAAGAUUUUUUGUCGGUAAGCUUAGUAUGAGGGUCACUUUGGACGGCGGGUAUCAUAUGUUUGAUGACGAUCCACGGUACAGCACUGAUGUGAAUCCAACAGACAAUGGGGUCUGGAGACCAAACAUUGGAGUUUUUGAGAUGGGGAUAUUGAAUGCUACAGGUCUUCCAGAGAUGAAACCUCAAGGUCGCACCGAUGCCUAUUGUGUAGCUAAAUAUGGCUCAAAAUGGGUUCGGUCAAGAACUGUUGUUAAUAGUCUUUCUCCAAAGUGGAAUGAGCAAUACUCUUGGAAGGUCUAUGAUCCAUCUACAUUUUUCAUUAUUUCUGUGUUUGAUAAUAGUCAAUUACAUGAAGAAUAUAUAGCUGCUGGAGCAAACGAUACAAGGAUAGGGAAGGUGAGAAUCAGUCUAUCAGAAAUGGAAAUCAACACCGUUUACAAUUAUUCUUAUCCUCUUGUUCAACUUCAACCUUCUGGGCUGAAGAAGAUGGGGGAAAUUCAAUUGUCUUUCAAGUUUACUAGCCCUUCUAAAGCUAAUUUGUAUAAAAAGUACACAAUGCCAAUGCUUUUUCCACAACAUUUCGAGGAUCCGCUGUCUCAAGCUCAGUUAUACGGAUUAAGGCAACAAACUAUCGAGCUUGUGCGGUCAAAUAUGAGCAAAGCUGAACCGCCGUUGAGAAAUGAGGUUGUUGAUUAUAUGCUAGAUUCACGUGAAAUCGUGUGGAGUAUGAGAAGAUGUAAAGCUGAUUUUGAGAGGAUUAACGUCUUUCUAAAUUGCUUGGUUGGUAUUUACACUUAUUUUGAUGACGUACGCAAGUGGAAAGAUCUUGUUUCACCAAUUAUAGCUCACUUGUUGCUCGUCGUCUUGUUCUUUCUGCCUCAAUCGUUGUUGCCAGCAAUAUUUCUUGCUCUUAUAGUCCAUAUGCUGCAGGAAUUUCAAAUAAAGCCAAAAACAUUAUCCCAUGCAGAUUUGCAUUUGUCUCAUGUGCAUACAGCAAGUGAAGAUGAAUUGCAAGAAGAGUUUGAUCCAAUGCCAUCCAAAUUCGAAGACAUCAUUUUGAUGCAUAGAUAUGAUCGAUUAAGAGUUUCAGCUGGAAGAGUUGUAACACAGAUGGGUGAGUUUGCUGCUACAAUGGAGAGACUGCAGUCUCUUUUGAGUUUCCAGGAUUCAACAGCUACAAUGUUAGUUAUGAUUUCGUGUCUGAUAAUAGGGAUUGUGGCUUUGGCUGUUCCUUUCCGAUAUCUUGUCUUUGUUUGGUUUCUUUAUUUUCUAAGGCAUCCAAUGUUCCGUUCACCUUUUCCUCCAUUUUAUGAAAAUUGGAUUCGAAGGAUGCCUUCAAAAUUAGAUAGCAUGAUAUGA